UCAGGGACAGGAGGAUCUGCGCCUGCUACUGCGACUACUACUAGCUCGCGAGUUGCGGCUAGUGGCAGCUCCAUUCACCCUCCACGGACCGCGAAUACCACCAACGUCUCCAACACGCUCAAACGGACAGCCCAGGCUGCUUUCGAGGAGGCGCCGGACACUCCUCCGCUCGCCAGGAUGAGCGGCACUCCCUACGCUCCCCAACGGCACAUCAACGACAACUAUGACAUUGUGGGUUUCAUCAGCAGUGGCACCUAUGGUCGCGUCUACAAAGCCAUCCACAAACGAGCUGUUUCCAAUCCACCCGCCAAACACCCCGAUGGCCGCAACAUCGAAGCCUUCGCCAUCAAGAAGUUCAAACCGGACAAAGAAGGCGAAGUCCAAUACACCGGCAUCUCCCAAUCUGCCAUCCGAGAAAUGGCCCUCUGCACCGAAUUGAGCCACCCGGCCCUCAUCCAUCUCGUGGAGAUCAUCCUCGAGUCAAAAUGCAUCUUCAUGGUCUUCGAGUACGCCGAGCAUGACCUCCUCCAAAUCAUUCACCACCACUCCCUUCUUCCUCGCACCCCGAUUCCGGCCUCCACCCUCCGCUCCUGCAUGUACCAGAUCUUCUCCGGUCUGCUCUACCUCCACCGCAAUUGGGUCGUACACCGCGACCUCAAACCCGCCAACAUCAUGGUCACUUCCUCCGGCGCUAUCAAAAUCGGCGACCUCGGCCUCGCCCGCUUGUUCUACAAACCACUCCACGCCCUCUUCUCCGGCGAUAAAGUCGUGGUAACAAUCUGGUAUCGUGCGCCGGAGCUCUUGCUGGGAAGCCGGCACUACACUCCUGCCAUCGACCUGUGGGCGGUGGGGUGCAUCUUCGCCGAACUUCUCUCCCUCCGACCGAUUUUCAAAGGUGAGGAAGCCAAGCAAGACUCGAAAAAGGCCGUUCCGUUUCAACGCAAUCAGAUGGGGAAGAUAGGGGAGAUCCUCGGCUUGCCCAAGAAGUCUGAAUGGCCGUUACUAUCCGCCAUGCCGGAAUUCCCCAACUUGCAAACGGUGGCGAUGCACGCUCCGAAUGUGAAUCGUCCACUCGGACUGACGAAGUGGUACCGCAGCACGGUGCAGAACAACAACUACGGCGGUGGAGGUCCACCCGACGAGAGUGCUUUAGAUCUCCUGCGAAAACUCCUCGAGUAUGACCCGCUGAAGCGAUUGACGGCGGAGCAGGCGUUGAAACAUCCGUACUUUGUCGGGGGAGGAGCAGAGAGUGCUGGAGGGAAAGCGUCGACGCCGAGUUGGAACUGUUUCGAGGGUCUGGAGACGAAGUAUCCCGCGCGGAAAGUGAGUACAGAGGCGCAUGAGAUUGCGACGGGAGGAGGGACCAUGUCGGGACAGAAGAGGAGUGUUGUCAAUGAUGAUUUGGGGAGGCCGGGGAAGAAGGCGAGGGAGAUUUGA